GUCCGCCAUCUGAUCGGGUUAAUCCCAUCAUUGGUGCUUCCAUUGAGAGAAACUGUGAGAUAAAGCUGUGAGAUUAUGGCCGGACGAAUGACGAGACAUAACACCGCUGCUUCCACCAAGUUGACGGUGAGGAGUGACCAUCCUGAACAAGGUAUGAUCGUUCCUGUCAAUGGGCUGGAAACAGCGUUGAAUAAUAUGGCUAACAUUAUGGAGCGGUUAGAUAAGGCUCUCCCUGGUCCAUCUGGUACCCGAGAUGUCCCUACUAGGCAACCCCGCCAGGUCCUGCGUACUACGAGUUCUCCCAUCCUCCAGGAGCUUCAUGAUCCGGAGGAGGUCGAGAGGGAGAGACAUGUCGUCGCUAGACGCCGGGCGGAGGAGUUGGCCCAGAAUAGUAAGGUGAAUGGAGAUUGGGCCAGGGCUGCAAGCCAAGUCAUUGGCAACGGAAACGAAAACCCGUGGGGAACUAUCUUUGAAAGGAUAUCUCGCCAGAAGGCUCAUGUUAGUGAGAGGCUGGGGAAGAAUCCGGACAAAGCGCCCCAGGGUUGGAUACGACCCCAGGCCAGCCAAGUGGCAUCUUCUAACCGCGAACCCCGACAGCGAAUCGGCCGCGGUGGGAGCCAAGCGCCGGUGUGGUCAUUGGUGGUUCUAGACGAGGACGAAGUUCAGAGCCAAGUCAGGGUCCCAGCACCACAGCGUCUGGGGCCACCGGUACCAGAAGCAGGCGAAUUCCAGGAUCUGAGGCAACAGAUCCAGGAGAUGCAGAGGAAGAUAAACAGGGGACGAGUAUUCACUACCCGGACGAAUACUCCCUUAGCCCCGAAGAUCUUUGCGGAACCAUAUCCACAGGGAUUCAAGAUGCCGUUCGUUAAGCGUUAUGAUGGGGAGUCGGAUCCCCAAGAACACAUAAACAACUACGUCCAGGUGAUGAUUGCCGUUGAUGCCACCGACGCACUGAUGUGCCGGUGUUUCCUGCAGACAGUUGAUAGCAAGGUUGCGGAUUGGGUGAACCACAUUCCUGCCGGGUCGAUCCGAACAUGGGAUGAAUUGGGAUUGCGGUUCUUAGAGCAUUUUGUAGGGAACUGCCGUCCCAAGAGGCAUUUCACUCACCUGGCUUCAAAUGAGAUGGCGAGGCUAAUCUGCCGGGGCCAUCUAAAGAAGUUUGUACAAGAUGGUGACGCGGGAAAUCCCGGGAAUAACUUCAUCAUCAGAGGGAAUACUGGCGGAGACUCAGCCACGAGCCGGAAGAAGUGGGCCAACGCGGCGAUGGUCAAUAAGGUGCUGGUCCCAGAAGGUAAGAAGCUGAAAACUGAGCCAAUUGUAUUUUCCCAUGCUGAUUUGCCAGAAACAGGGGUCCCCCAUAGGGACGCCGUGGUGAUUACGAUUGAUAUAAUGGACUUGUUGAUCCACAAGACUUUGGUGGAUACGGGAAGUUCCGUUAAUAUCAUGUAUAUGGAUACUUACAAGGCUCUUGGACUAACUAGAGAUGAGUUAUCACCCAUUAAGACUCCGCUAACCGGGUUCACUGGUGACUCUAUUGAACCGGAGGGGGGAUCCCAGAGAGUGUCCCGGGCGUGGUAUUUGAAAGCAACUAAACAGCCUGUCAAGUACGAUACCCAAGUGGGAGAGGUAACUGCACAGCUCUUAAGGGCCGAGGAGAGACGUCCCAGAGUAGAAGUUGCCGGAGACAUUGAGGAAGUUGAACUGGAGCUGGGCACGCCGGGGAGGUUAGUCAGAAUUGGCAAGGGCCUGGGGGCUGAACUCAGAUCACGAGUUAUCUCAGUCCUUAGAAGGUUCAUGAAGGUCUUUGUGUGGAGUCCAGCUGAUAUGCCAGGGCUGGAUCACAAGAUUGCAGUUCAUCGCCUUAAUGUCCUGCGAGAUGCUAAACCGGUGAAGCAGAAGCGAACACAUUUGUCACAGGAAAGGAGAGAUUUCGUGAAGAAGGAG